UAGCUUUAAUUAUAAACCAAAAAAAUCACUCAUUUGUUGCUGCGGUAAUUAUUUGCUGAAUUGUUCGCGCUUUACUAUCAAAUCAUUAACUGGUGUUGUUGACCUCAGAGCCCAUUGGUUAUGGUACCUUAUUCAAGGUAUAAAUUAUUUCUCAUCACGUUUUGGGAGUUUGUGGGGAGAUGGAUAAAAUUUGUGUGCUGAGCAAGUAAAUAGGAGCGUGAAAACACGUGGAAUUCUAUCGUUUUUUCCACAUGCACGUGUAACUGGUGAACAUGUGCGCGUUGCACGCCGUGGAAAUAGAAUAGAAAGCCUAUAUUGUAAAUAUGCACAGUACAACGAUACUUAAAAAGAAGGAAAUAAACGUAACUCCCGAUCGAUGUGUUCAAGAGACGACGCUAGCUGCACGUGCACCUGGUGAACGUGAGUGCGUUGCACGCCGUGGAAAUAGAAUACAAAGUCUUUAUUGUCAUUAUGCACAGUACAACAAUAUUUUAAAAGAAGGAUGAACGUGAGUGCGUUGCACGCCGUGGAAAUAGAAUACAAAGUCUUUAUUGUCAUUAUGCACAGUACAACAAUAUUUAAAAAGAAGGAAAGAAACACAACUCCCGAUCGAUGCUUUCGAAAAAGGACGCUAACUGCGUGCUAGCGCUAGCUGCGUGCUGCUAGCGCUAGCAGCUAGCACUAGUUAGCACUGCCUGCCCGAGCCUGGCUGCUCGACUGCAGAUCUAAUCGCGCGGCGUUUAUUCGAAUGAUUGGAUUGUCUCCUUUUCUUUUCAGUCGAUGAUACAAGAAUACCAGGCCCAUUCAAAGACACAGUGCGUAAGUGUUGAUCCAGACACGGAUAAUCCUGAGUUGGAGGAACUUGCAGCUGGGUCAGCUCCUAAAUCGCCCUAAAACCCUGGAUUGCCAGCAUUAUCAACCAUUUGUAUUGGUCUGAGGCGUCGACGCGACCUGGGAACCCUGGGCUCGUCCUCGACAAGGGGCAGUCAGUUCUGAGCCAUGUCCAGAAUGAUCACUCAGGCUUCAAAGGCAGUUUCCCCGGGUGCAGCCAUGGUCCUUUGGAAAGUUGGGAACGGAAAAAGCUUUGGCUCACGCCUCUUGACCCUUGAGCUGGAGAAGCUGAUCUGUGGCUCCAAACUGUUGGGCGACGUCCGCCGGCGGUCUCCGGUCUACCAGACUUCCCACCUGGAAGCCUUCACAGUCUGGUGAACCAUUUUACACCCAAAAUGUUCACCUUUUCUUAUGAGGAGAUGCUCAGCAGGACAAUUGUGGCUGUUCUUCACUUCAAUGAAAACGCCCACAGCUUAACCCGAGACGGAGUGAGGAUUUAUAGCAUCCACUUCCCAAAGUCAAAACAAGGCGGCCAUAAUGUGCGAAAGGUUUUGGAGAACCCCACAUUUGACUCCGAUGAAAAGUCCAUCAUCACCCGUGGACUGGAGUCAUUCUCCUCAUUUUCCUGCAUUCGCUUCAGGCCCUCCAGAAGGGGUGAACGUGACUGGCUGAGCAUCGAGUCCCGACAUGGAUGCUACUCCUUUGUUGGUCGUCAAGGUGGAAAGCAGAUAGUUUCUCUGGCUCGCCGAAGAUGCCUUCAUCAUGGCACUGUCCAACACGUGCUUCUCCACGCUCUUGGAUUUCAUCAUGAACAGACACGCAGCGACAGAGACCACCACAUUAGAGUUCUGCUGGAAAAUGUUCAAUCUGGAAUGGAGCACAACUUUAGGAAGAUUGCCACCCUCAACCAGGGCACUCCUUAUGACUACAACUCUGUCAUGCAAAGCCACAAGUAUGCUUUCUCCAAGAACAAUCAGCCCACCAUGCUCCCUAUUCCUAACUCCAAUGUAUCCUUUGGCAAUGCUCAAAAGAUGAGCCGCAAUGACAUCGAGAGACUCAACAAGCUCUACCAGUGUUGUGAGUGA